AGCAGCAGCAACAACAGCAGCAACAGCAACAACAGCAACAGCAACAACAGCAACAGCAACAGCUUCAACAGCAGCACCAUCAGUUUCAGCUUCAUCAGGCGGCUGUAGCCGCUGCCGCCGCCGCUCACGCUGCUCAAGCUAGUCAAUCGCCGAGUCCCGUUGCCAGUAGCGCUAACUCGGCCCUGGCCGCCGCCGCCGCAGCAGCAGCCGCCGCGGCUUCGUCGACACCCUCUUCUACGAGUGGUGGCGCCGCCGAGCCACACGUCAAGCGACCCAUGAACGCCUUCAUGGUCUGGUCGCGCAUACAGCGCAAAAAGAUCGCCGUGGACAACCCGAAGAUGCACAACAGCGAGAUCUCGAAGAAGCUCGGCCUCGAGUGGAAGCAGCUCAGCGCCGAGCAGAAGCAGCCCUUCAUCGACGAGGCCAAGCGUCUGCGCAGCAAUCACAUGAAGGAGCACCCGGACUACAAGUACCGCCCCAGGCGCAAGGUCAAGAACCCCACCGCCGCUGCAGCCGCCGCUGCCGGCAUGGCAGGACAUCAUCAUCAUCACGCCGCCGUGGCGCAUCAUUUCGGCUCGCCGUCCGCUGCGGGUCUCGUCGGCAAGCAUCACGUGGUGGGUGGCGCGGGUGGCGGACACCAUCAUCAUCAGGUCGCGGCGUCGCAGGCCGCCGCCGCGCCCUACCCGAGCUUCCCGCUGUCCUACAUGGCGAAUUUCAGCGCCGCCGCCGCCGCCACGAAUCAUCAUCAGUUCGCCGCGGCCGCCGCGCAUCACGCCUACACUCCGUUCGCGGCCGCGAACUACUUCAAUCCCCAGCUCGAGCGCAUGAGCCAUCUGAGCAAGCUGGCCCAGCAGCAGGCCGCGGCCGCCCUGGCCGCGGACGCCAGCAACAACAACGCCGCCGCCGCGAUGUUCAACAGCGUCUACUCGAGCCUCUAUCCCACGGCCGCCGGCGGGCCGACCAAUGUGCCACCACAGGUGACGCAAGCAGCCGCGGCGGCGGCAGCAGCCACGGGCCUCAAUCAUCAUCUGAAUCAUCAGCUGCCGACGACGACGCAGCUGUCCUCCGUCUCGCCGUCGCAUCAUCUCAAUCAUCAUCCGCUGAGCUCGAUCUUCCCGGCCCAUCCGCGCCCCAUACACCCGGCCUUCGCCAGUCCCGGCAUCGCCGCGAGCCCCGGAGCGGCGAGCAGCGUCGUUAGCGGCGGCGGUAGCGCGGGCAACGGCAGCAUCGCCGCGCUGACGCCCGAGUCGUCGCCCUCGGUGUCUGCCUCGCCGCCCGGCACCACGACGACGCCCAACGGCAGCCAAGGCAGCAGCGUCGUCAGCCACUACGAGACCAAUGCCGAUCACCUGAGGCGCUCGCUGCAGACGAUCUAUUGAGUGCAGCAGGAGGAGGGUGAGGAGGGAAUAUAGACUGAUCUAGAGCGUCGUUCCAAAUAGUUGUAUAAAAAAAAAAUUAUGUGUGCGUGGGUGGGUGUGUGUCUUGCGUGUUGAGAAUGAAUCUCAUUGUACAAAAAAAAAUUAUUAUUAUUAUUACGUAAUAAGUCCUUGUUUUAAUUAUGAUGAAUAAAUUGUAAUUGUUUAGCCUGCUAAGUAGGGAACAAAGAAGAAGAAAGAAAUUGUCAUUGUACCGAUAGAGCCCACUGCUCUUUUACUGAUAAUGUAGUAGAUUCGCUGCGUCGUUGUAAUAAUAAGAUACAAUUAUAAACUUGUAGAGAUUAUGAGAAUUAAGGAUUGUAGCAUACUGAGUUCCUUUCGUCUGUGAUUUUCUAUUUUGUAUUUUGUAUGAAUCCAUAAUACGCGAACUCAGAGUAACAACAGCAGCAGAAGCAGAAGCAGAAGCAUCAUUGUAAAUUGUAAAUUGUACAUUGUACAGGUUUUUAGGUUUAAUUGAUGAUUAUAAAAAAAAAGAAAGAACCUAGCCAUUAUGUUUAAAUCAAUAAAAUAUAUAAACUGGUUCAAACCCGAA